AGUCAGCUGAUACCUUGCUCAAGGUCACUUUUUUGUUCGAAGGUCGUUUCGGUUUAGGCCGCUAUUCUUUAGAGUCACCCAGGUUAAUGUUGUAUUGGUCAGGGCUUCUUCUUCUUCAUCUGAAUGCUAAUGCUAAUAUCUUAGGUCACUGCAGCAUUUCGCAAAGCCGUGUAGCCCGUUCCGUCCUCCAUGAGGUUAUUUUCCCCCUAUUCGAUUAUACAGAUGUGGUUAUUGCUGACCAAUGUCCAUUCAAUCCCAAAUAUGAUAUUUACGCUGUACACGAACAAAUGAAGAAUAAAAUAUCUGACUAUGAUUGGGAGUGUCAGAUGUGUGGGAAACGGUUUUAUACAGAAAAAUCAUUCGAUUCACAUAUUGGUAAUAGGCAUAAAAUAAAUGCUUAUAGUCAAAGUCGAACUAUUUGCUUAGCUUCAUAUUGUCCACUACUCCGCUGUUCUGUGUUGAAACCAGAUUUCGCCUAUGGAAAUCAAAUGUUCUGGGAUGAAGCACUUUGCGAAACAGGAUCAUUUAGUGAUAUUUCAAAGCAGUGUGAGGAUAUUUUGAACAAAUGUGCGCCUGGAAAUGAUAGCAGUCAUAUCCAACUACAUCGUAAGUGUUUGUAUGAACAGUUUUACACUAUGAGUAUCUUCAUUUGGUGUAUAUAAUUCCCCUUUUUUUAAGGUUUACCUUAAUCACAUCCAUUACCAUUUGUUCGGGAAAAACCCCAUAAAAUCCACAUAAACGACCUGGUACAGCCGAAGGUGAGUAGACUUCGGUGUUCCUGUCGAAAUGAUCUCAUAUGGCCACUCAUCCAUGGGCUCUGCUAGGUAUGUCGUGUCGUCUGCAUGCACGCGGUGGGGGCUGUUCCUCACAGGAAUCGAAGGGAAAAUGCGGACGUCAUAACCUAUAGUGUUCAUGGGCUCCAGAAUUCGAAAUGAUCGAGUAGCGUAUGAACCUGUUUUGGUCACUGAAAACGCUGUUUCACUAUUUUAUGGAUCAGACUACAAAUCAGAAGCAUGGGAGGGUCCCCUAAGACAGCCACCAACUUGUUGCUGGGCGGCGUCCUAGCAGAAUCUCACUCCUAGCACCGACAAUGAGAUUUUGUGUGGCGCAUCUAUUAGUACCCAAAAUGUAUCAAGUUUGUUUUUUAAUGGAAAUAAUAUGGCUCAUUGGUCUAGGCUCUCCGACUUGCAAAUAAGUGCAUCACAGGUUUGAAUUCUGCUCCACACAAUGAGGUUCGGACAAUGCUGGGUAGUAUAACCAACCUUCACACAAUAGGUGUGACUUGUUUCCAACUGCAUAGGACUGUAAGUAGUUGUCGAGUAAUAUUAAGCUAAGAGUAUAAAGUGGUGGUUGUUAUAGUAAUAUAGUCUUUGAAUAUGUAGAGAUGUGGCUCAUUGACUUAGGCAUCCGGUUCAGAUUCUCCGGUUCACUGGUUCGAGUCCUACUCCAUCCAUUUCAGCAUGGCCAACUAGAGAGUAUCAUGAGCCAUUGAACACGAUAAAUGCGAUUCUUAGCCUGGUAUACGAAAAACCUGUUCCAGGUAACUGAACUUUAAUAUUCACAACAGUUAAUUGUAACAAGGUACGAUUUCGACCUCUUUUGUUGUUUGGUUUUCUUAUUAAAAUUAACUAGGAAUAAAUUUUUAGUAUGAAUGUUGAAAAUGUUUUCUGUUGCCACAUUAUUUUAUUGUCGGAUAACUCAUCAAAUUAUUCUUUGUAUACUUUGAUUGGACACUAGUAACAAUUGUGAUGUAUCUAGCCCUUUAUUUUGAUGCAGAUUGAAUUGUAUCAGUCAGGUGUGCGAUGUGGCUACCAUGCUACUAGUUGGCUUGCUAGCACGGUGCACUUUGAAUUGUUGAUAAUAGAUGGUUGAAAGCAAUCAGCAGGAAGUCUUACCUGACCUAAGUUUCGUGCUAAUUGGCACUCACCAGUUAGCAAGGUGUAUCUGCAACCUUGAAGGAGGAACUUAUAUCCUUUGUAUAUGUACGUGUUCUUUGUAUAUGAGUUCGAAGAAGGUUGGUGUGUGAAUUGUUUGAGGUAAUGUAUCUACUUCGUAAAUCUACUCUAAUAUGUUUCAGUGCAUUUGUGUGUUGUGUACACUUAAUGACUGACAGUGUAGAUUACGAGAUUACUAAGUUAUAAUUACCUUUACAAGCAUAAUUGACGGAAAAAUAAUAUAGGUCAUAUGAUAAAUAUUUGUUCUCAUUGUUUUUAAGUAAGUGAGUGCUGGAUAAGAAUCGGAAGACCAAGGGAAACAAUCGCAUUCAACGAUUAAAAAGUAAAAUAGCCAAGCGAAUUUUGUUGUUGUUGUUGUUGUUGAUGAAAAUAUUCAGUUUCGGUUGACAUGUCGGGGCGGUUCGAUGAUGUCCUAAAGUUGGGAUUGGUAGUUAAUGACUUCUUGUCGGCCUAUUUACAAGUCAAUAAAGUAAUAAUUUGAACAAUAAGAGUGGUUGUCGUUGCCCCAGUAGUUAGGGGAAUCGUAAGUCCACGUCUGAGUAGAAAAAACAAUCACUCAAUGGAGAUGUAGGUGCAUCCAUUAUGAAAUGUGCAUUAUAGAUUCACCUGCUACUAACCAAAGUCAACCAAAUAAAAUUUAAGCUAUAUUUAUAAAAUUGAAUGAUUGUAGUGAAUAUUUAUGCAGGAUAACAGCUAGUGGAUUCACACAUUUUAUCAUGAAGGAUAAUGGUUACUAUCUGACUUAGCAGUCUUGAAUAACUGGAGUCCGUUGGUUAAAAGUUGGUACUUUAACCGAAUGUGAAAUGUAAUUUAUUUCUAAUGGUUAUUUAAUGCUCUGGUGUGCAUUAUUUACUCUCGCGUUAUUAUAAUUUAAGCCGAAAAGGGUAACUAAGUAUUUGAAAUACAAUUUCAACAACGAGUACUAUGAUGUAAGACACAAGUAGGACUUUUGUUAUUAUCUUGUCCCUUUUUUCUAUGCAUCAUAACUGACUGAUUGACUUUUUUGUUACCUGGGAAUAUAUGAAUGAAUGUUUAACCUGUUCAACAUCACCACCACCACCAACAAAAAAAAACAAGAACUGCUUCAAAAUACACUUUGUGAUCCUUUGUCAUGUGAUCGAUAUUGGGUGCUACCAGAUUCCCAUGUGAAAACGUCUACAUUGCAAAAGUUUCUGACUGCGUUUAUCCUAACAGUUGGUCUAUUCACCUAUUACUCUGUAAUAUUUAUGCGAUUGAGCUUGUCAUUCUGUCGCCUACGUGUUUCCAGUCUAUCUAUUCCUCAUCGAAGAAGAACAAUAGCAAGAAGUGAUUGAAACACGGAGAGAAAAAGAUCUGUUGUACGUAAAACUGUGUACUGUGUUCACUUCUUAUCAUAUAAAUAUAUAUGAUUUUAUUUUCCUAUCUUUUCUUGUUCGGGGGGGGGGUGGUUGAUUCCCGACUGACGUGCUUUUAAACUUCGCUUA